AUGGUGCGGGGUGAAAAGGGUGAUUUUGCAUAUUUGAUGCAAGUGCACCCUGCAGCCCCCUAUCCAGCCAGUCACUAUCACUCCCUCCCUAUUGGAUCACAAACAACACCUACGGACAGGAAACUCAACCAAACUAGGCAAAAAGAAGAGCGGACAAGCGGCCGAGUGGGGGUUGAUAAGUGCACGCCAACCCCCAUGGCGCACGCCAAUCUGCACGCCAAGCGCAGAUUGGCGUGCGCCCCUGCACGCCAAUCUGCUGCAGGCUCGUCGGGAGGGGUUCCUCCCGGCGAGCCGGUACUUAAACCCGCUCGUCGGAAGGAAUCCCUUCCGACGAGCUGGUCUACACACCAGCCCAGUCGGGAGGGGUUCCUCCCGGCGAGCCGGUAA